GACACCGAUUAGUCCCUCUUUACUCCAUACUCCAUCAUUUUAUGACAGAAUUAUCAAACGCGGUCAGUUGCGUUUUUAUUAUUAGUCCCCCCCAGUGGCUUGUGGCUGCCUAGCUAGGCUAGCUACUCCCCUGUGUAGCAGCACUUGGCCGGCUAGCUAGUCUGAGCUAUUGUUUGUUGUUGUUGCAGUCAAAUCUCAAACAAAUCACAGAUGGUGUAAAACAAGCCCUCCAAGCUUUUCUGGAACACUGGGGUUGUUGGUGUGGCUGAAUUUUCCCUGGAUUUGAUUGGUCAAUUCAGAAGACUGAAGCCCAGGCUGACAGUCUACCUUUCACGGAGGCCCAGCCGUGAGAGGACUGAGGAAGGCACGUGGCGAAUCAUGACCGCGGACAAAGACAAGCCAGACAGGGAGAAGGACAGGGACAGAGACCGAGACAGGGAGCGGGACAGAGAGAGGGACAGAGACCGGGACAAGAGGGACAAAGCAUCCAGGGAGAGCGAGAGCUCACGACCACGCCGUAGCUGCACGCUGGAGGGCGGCGCUAAGAACUACGCGGAGAGCGAGGACGAGGAUAACGAGAACGGUGGAGGGGCCGGGGGAGUAGGCGGGGUCAACAUGGGGAUGGGGGAGGAGUCAGGGAAGAAGGGAAAGAAGAAGAUGAUCAAGAAGAAGUCUAGGUAUGAGCGGAUGGAGAACGGAGAGAUCACUUCCUUCAUUACUGAAGACGACGUUGUUUACAGACCUGGCGAUUGUGUAUAUAUGGAGAGCCGCAGGCCCAACACCCCCUACUUCAUAUGUAGCAUUCAGGAUUUUAAACUGAGUAAACGAGACCAUCUGUUACUCAGUGUUAAAUGGUAUUACCGUCAGUCAGAGGUCCCUGACUCAGUCUACCAACACCUGGUGCAGGAUCGCAACAAUGAGAACGAUUCUGGCCGGGAGCUGGUCAUCACAGACCCAGUGGUCAGGGGCAGAGAACUCUUCAUCUCCGACUAUGUGGACACAUACCAUGCUGCUGCCCUUAGGGGGAAGUGUAACAUUGCCCAUUUCUCAGACAUCUUUGCUGCCAGGGAGUUCAAAGCUCGCAUCGACUCCUUUUUCUACAUCCUGGGAUACAACCCAGAGACCAGGCGACUAAACAGCACACAGGGGGAGAUCAGAGUGGGGCCCAGUCAUCAAGCCAAGCUUCCUGAGCUGCAGCCCUUCCCCUCAGACGCCCCGGGGGUCCUGGCUCAGGCUGUAACAGAGAAUGAGGAGCUAGUGUGGAUGCCAGGGGUCAACGACUGUGACCUGCUCAUGUACCUCAGGGCUGCAAGGAGCAUGGCUGCCUUCGCUGGGAUGUGUGACGGAGGUUCUACAGAAGACGGUUGCCUAGCGGCCUCGCGAGACGACACCACACUCAACGCACUCAACACGCUCCACGAGAGCCGUUACGAUGCAGGCAAGGCCCUACAGCGACUGGUGAAGAAGCCUGUUCCAAAACUCAUAGAAAAGUGCUGGUCAGAGGACGAAGUGAAGCGGUUCAUUAAAGGGCUCAGACAGUACGGCAAGAACUUCUUCAAGAUUCGGAAAGAGCUGCUACCCAACAAGGAAACGGGUGAGUUGAUAACCUUCUACUACUACUGGAAGAAGACUCCUGAAGCAGCGUCGUCCAGGGCCCACCGUAGACACCGUCGCCAGCCUGUGUUCCGACGCAUCAAGACACGCACCGCCUCCACCCCCGUCAACAUCCCGUCUAGACCACCCUCCUCAGAGUUCUUAGACCUGAGUUCAGCCAGUGAAGAUGACUUGGACAGUGAAGACAGUGAGCAGGAGCUGAAGGGUUACGCCUGCCGACACUGUUUCACCACCACCUCUAAGGACUGGCACCACGGUGGCAGAGAGAACAUCUUGUUGUGUACAGACUGUCGUAUCCACUUUAAGAAGUACGGUGAGCUGCCUCCCAUCGAGAAGCCAGUGGACCCGCCCCCGUUUAUGUUCAAACCCGUCAAAGAGGAUGAGGAUGGACUCAGCGGCAAGCAUAGCAUGAAGACCCGACGCAACAGAGGAUCGAUGUCGACGCUCCGUAGUGGCCGUAAGAAGCAGACAGCCAGCCCUGAUGGACGAGUGUCUCCCACCAAUGAGGACCUCCGGUCUAGUGGCCGUACCUCCCCCUCCGCAGCCUCCACAGACAGCACUGACAGCAAGACAGACCCCAUGAAGAAACCCAGCAAGAAGAUCAAGGAGGAGUCUCCUAUGAAGUGUGCCAAACGCCAACGAGAGAAAGGAGGAGCCUCAGACACCGAGGACACGGACAACAGGACAAUCGCCAAAAAGUCCAAGACCCAGCAGCUGGGUCGGUCCGACUCGCCGUCGGAAUGCGAAGGAGAGGGCGAGAGCUCCGACGGGCGUAGCGUCAACGAGGAGUGUAGCAGUGACGCUAAAGACAUUGACCAGGACAACCGCAGCUCUUCGCCCUCCAUCCCCAGCCCCCGGGACGGGGAGAGUGACUCGGACUCCUCCGCCCAGCAACAGCUGCUUCUACUGCAGAGGAGGGAGAGAGAGAGGGAGGGACAGUCACAGCACCCUCCGGUUAUCCAGUCCUGUCAGCCAGGGACCUCUGGUGGUCGCUCCACCACCCCACCAUUACCUCCCACGUCCUCCUCAGCCCCCUCACUGGUCCCCCAGGUGUCCCCCUCUCCCUCCGCACCCCCCACUUCCCUUCCACUGCAGCUACCACCUCCCGUGCCCCAACAGGCCGGCCCCCUCUCUCUCAUCCAAUCAGGGGCGUCCAUCCACCCCCAGAGGCGGCCCUCUCCCUCGCCUCAUUCUCCGCUGCAGGGGAUGUCUCAGGCUCCACCCCCAGGACUACCAGGCUCCACCCAGUCGCUACCUAGCGCGCUCCACGGCCCACAGCCCCACCCAUCAUCCAUGCCCCACCCACUUCAGGUUGGCCCCUCCCACAUGCCCCACCCCCACUCCCUCCCCCCUCAAGGCUUCCCAUUGGGCCCCCAGUCUCAGGUCCCGCCCUCACCACUGCCUCUCGGGCAAUUGCAGCAGCCGCCCCACAGGGUCCACACGCCCCCCAGCCAAUCGUUGUCCCAGGGUGGAUCGUCCAAUCAGCUGCCCCGCGAGCAGCUCCUACCCCAUGCCCCCUCCAUGUCUAUGCCCCACAUCAAGCCCCCUCCCACCACCCCCAUCCCCCACAUGCCCAACCGCGACCCCCAGUCCCACAAACACGGGCCUCCACAUCUUUCGGCGCCCCCCUUCCCCCAGAUGCCCUCCAACCUGCCCCCUCCGCCCGCCCUCAAACCCCUCUCCUCCCUGUCCACCCACCACCCUCCCCCGGCCCACCCUCCUCCCCUUCAGCUCAUGCCCCAGGGCCCAGGCCAGCAGCUCCAGCCUCCACCAGCCCAGCCCCCUGUCCUCACCCAGUCCCAGAACCUCCCCCUUUCAGAGAGAGGCAGCCAGCACCACCCUCCCCCUCCUCUACCUCUCUCCGGACCAUCGCAAUCCACCCACCCCCACACACCCCAACAGCCCCCGUUCCCUCCUCACCCCUUCAACCCUGUCCUGCCCCCCUCCUCCGCUGGCUGCCCUCCCUCGUCCUCGUCUCUACCACCAGGCUUCCAGCCUCCCUCCUCCUCCUCCUUCUCCAUGCCCCUCACCGCCUCCGCCGUUCCGCCUGUACACAUCAAGGAGGAACCUCUCGACGAAUCAGAGGAGCCCGAGAGCCCUCCGCCCCCUCCACGGAGCCCCUCCCCCGAGCCUACCGUCGUCAACACGCCCAGCCAUGCCAGCCAAUCAGCACGGUUCUACAAGCACCUGGACCGUGGCUACAACACGUGUGCUAGGACAGACUUCUAUUUUACUCCUCUGGCUGCUUCUAAACUGGCCAAGAAGAGAGAAGAAGCACUGGAGCGGGCCAAGAGGGAGGCCGAGCAGAAAGCCCGGGAGGACAAGGAGAGGGAGAGGGAGAAGGAACGAGAGAGGGAACGGGAAAGAGAGAAGGAACAGGAGAGAGCUGCGAAAGCCUCAAGUUCGUGUCAUGACGGCCGUAUGGGUGACCCCCAAAUGGGUGGCUCCGCCCACAUGCGUCCUCCCUUCGACGGCCCCCCUACCUCCAUCGCCGCGGUGCCCCCCUACAUCGGGCCCGACACGCCUGCCCUUCGCACCCUCAGCGAGUAUGCCCGCCCCCACGUCAUGUCCCCGACCAAUAGGAACCACCCCUUCUUCGUCUCCCUCAACCCCAACGACCCCCUGAUGGCCUAUCACAUGCCUGGCCUCUACAACGCCGACCCGGGCAUGCGGGAGCGCGAGCUGCGAGAGCGGGAGAUGAGGGAGAGAGAGAUGAGGGAGAGGGAGCUGAGAGAGAGGAUGAAGCCUGGGUUCGAACACAAACCCCCGGAACUAGAAGGCAUGCACCCCUCGGCUAACCCCAUGGAGCACUUCGCACGACACGGGGCCAUCUCCUUACAAUCCAUGGCGGGACCGCACCCCUUCGCCUCCUUCCACCCGGGUCUCAACCCCCUGGAGAGAGAGCGUUUGGCGUUGGCCGCGGGACCCCAGCUCAGACCAGACAUGAGCUACCCGGAGCGGCUGGCGGCGGAGAGGCUGCACGCCGAGAGGAUGGCGGCGGUGGCCAACGACCCUAUCGCCAGGCUUCAGAUGUUCAACAUCACGCCUCAUCACCACCAGCACUCCCACAUCCACUCACACCUGCACCUGCACCAGCAGGACUCCCUGCACCAAGGCGGUGGUGAAUGUCUUGUGUGCCCUCCAGGUUCUGGGGGGCACCCCCUCGUAGACCCCCUGGCAGGAGGCCCCCACCUUGCCCGCUUCCCUUACCCGCACGGCGCAAUCCCCAACUCCCUCCUGGGACAGAAUCCACACGAACAUGAGAUGCUACGACACCCCGUCUUCGGUACUCCGUACCCCCGGGACAUUCCUCCCCAGAUGUCUGCAGCCCACCAGCUCCAGGCCAUGCAUGCCCAGUCUGCAGAGCUGCAGCGGCUAGCUAUGGAACAGCAGUGGCUGCACGGACAUCACCACAUGCACGGUGGCCCACUUCCUGGACAAGAGGAUUAUUACAGCCGCCUGAAGAAGGAAAGCGACAAGCAACUGUAACUGACCGAUGGGGACGCAGAGACACGCAGGAAGUUGCCUAGGACAUAGGAAGUAGUUACAGAACAGUCAGUCAAUCAAAGGAACCCAACCUCUGCUUCUCCAAAAAAACACAAUUCUCCUUAAAAAACCACAGAAGAAGGGUUGUUCUAUCGUCUGUUUUCUUUCCCUGUCCGUUGGGGGGCGUCUGUUUUUCUUUUUCCCCCCCUAAAAACAUUGAGAAAGACUUUGUUUGGUGUAACUAUAGCGACGACGACGACCUCGAGACUGCAUGAAAACUCCUGUAAAACUCCCACAACGUGUUUUUCUUAGGUGGUAGAAACGCCAGACACUUUGUCACUGUGCUAGUCGACGGAUAAAGACGAAGGAGUGAGUAAGCAACCUUGCAGAUAUUAUACGGAAAGAUCCAGAACAAAGUGCUAUCUUAUUUUAAUACAUCGUUGGAGGUUUUCAUAAUUUUUACGAAAAGCUGCAGCAUGGCGUUUUUUGAGUCUGUAAAUAGUAUAUCUAUAUAUAUAUACACAUACAUAUAUAUAUAUAUACAUAUAAUUAUUAUUAUUGUUACUAGGUGUGGACUCGGAACCAAGUCAUUUCUAAACCUCCAAUAUGUUAUUGUGUUCUGAAGCAUUAUUCCAUGUUUUAACGGGGGGGGGCAGACGAUGGUUCCAGACACCGAUAAUUAUACACCCCUUAACAAGCACCUUAUUGGCUAACAGAAUGCCUGAACUCACUGUGUUGUUGAGGUAAUGAUUUGACACUUGAAGAGGAGUCACUGAGGCAUCUAUGGAUCAGCAUACUCUCCUCUCCUGUCCUCUCCUGCCCUGUCCAGCCCUGCCCUGUCCUGCCCUAUCCAGCCCUGCCCUGUCCUGCCCUAUCCAGCCCUGCCCUGCCUGUCCUG